AAUGCUGGUACAGUGGGUGGAGUAAUAUGCAUUUUCAGUGAGAGUUGACCCUGCCUUCAGAGGACGGAGAUGAGGCAAAGAGAGGCUGCUGUGGAUGUAAAGGGAGUUUCUUUGGAAGACUGCUCUUGGGCACCAUCUAGCUCUGGCACUGAUCAAGACAUACCAGUCCAAAAUGGCGGAGAUAGAAGACAUAUUUAAGGGAGUUGAAGAAGCCAUUGAUGGAGCUGAAGAUGACAUUGAAGACCUAUCAGAAGAAGCACAAGAGGAAAUAAAAGCAGAAGUAGCUGAAGCACGAGCAGAAGUUGAAGAGCUUUCCAAAGUUAGCGAGACCUUAAAAACCUUGCUUCAAUACGUCACAACAAGUAUACCAAAAAUAGUAGGAUUUGUUGUGAAAAAUUUAGCUAUCGGUGCUAUCUUGUGGGGUGUAAAUGUUAUUCUUAACAAAUCGCUUCCCGAUAAACAACAAUCCAAGGAUGUACAGAGAAAGCGUGCUGUGAUUAAGGCAUUAACCGCAAUCAUUAAAAAUGAAACAGGCCUCAGUGAAAAGCUCCUAAAGUGGAUGACAGACCACAAAGAUGAUAUGAUUCAACUGGAAGAAUUUGAAGUACCAAUGGAAUCAAUUAUUCAGAAAUACAUUGGACCAGUAUCUGAUGCCGUUGAGCAAGCCUUCAAAGUUGCAAACUCACUCACGAAAAAGAUUGACGGGAAAACCCAGAUCAACAUCCCAACAGCAGAAGACAUCCAGCAGUUCCUUGCAGCUGCCGAUGCAUUUCUCCAAGCCUUCAGUAAUUUGAUUCAGUUUGUCUCCACACAUGUUCAACAGAUUAAAGAGCUUAAAACCUUUCCAUUGACACAGGCAGACAUUGACUCUCUUAAAACUCAGCUGGAUGAUGCUAAGGCCUUACCUUUGUGGUAAACAAAAAAUAUGUCUUGACUUUUGAUAAUGUAUAGGAUCAAAAGAGACAGGCACACACUGCUCCAAAAGCUUGCAUUUUUCUCAUAUUCACGAUUAAAACAGCUAAUAAUAAACUCUGGAAAGUUAAAAUAUUCAAAACGCAGUUUUUGUUUUCUGGUAUAACUGUUUAUUAACAUAGACGUGAAUGAUUAAAACACAAUUGUUAAUAGAAAUACAAUGCUUGAGCUUCAACUAAACACGACAAGAUUAAAAAAGCAAUAUAAUUGUGUGUAUUUUUCAUUUUACCAUUUUUAUUCUUCACAAGUAUAAAUGUUGUUGUGAUAUAUGUGACUCAUAUUAUUAAGUGGCUUCUCAUUAAAAAAAGAACAAACAUAUGGUGUCAAGGCUAUAUAUAAAUAGCAACAAUGUUGGUAUGUCCAUUUGCUUUUGCCCUUAAGGCCUAAUUACAACAUAUACUAGAAUGAAAAUGUUUUAAGUUAUAGCCUACUAAUAGAGCAUCACAUUCAUGUUUAGUUGCUAUUUUUAAUCUCAAAUAUAUUAAUUAUUUUGACAUAUCUAUCACUAUCAUGUGGCAGUCAGUCAAGGUCAUUCUUAGGUGCAAAAAACAUGGCCACAGAAUGUACCAAGUGGGUAUGGCCAUGUAACUGAGAAAAUAAUGAGAAGAGUUGAAUGUGUUGAAAUGUGUUCACUCUAGAAUAUGUUGAAAUUAGGCCUUUAAGGAGGCAAAAAACAUACAUCAGAAGUGAUUGGGUCUGAUGAGCACGUACAAAAUGCCAAAAAAUAAAGAUAUAGUCAUUGCUUUUACACUCA